UAUAUUUUCGUUGAACAGCCAGCUAUUGUGCAAAUUGGACUUCAUUUAGCGAUUAUGGUAUCAGAACAUCGUCAAGAUUUUUAUAUGAGAAUAUAUCGUCAGAAAGAUAUAUUUUCAGGUAAUUGGCUGUUGUGUUCAGAUUCACGUUCGCGAUUAUUAAUAUUUUCAAUAACUGAUGCAUUAUCACCUCGCGACUGGCCAGAUUCUCAACGGCCAUUACAUUCAGUUAUUAGCGUUAAACAACCGAUUUAUGCGCUUGAAUCAACUGAUUCAUUAUUAAUCUGUGGUGAUAUAACAGGAUGCUUAUUUGCGUAUUUUUGGUCAGAUUUACUAAAUCCAUCUGAUUGUGAUGCAAAGGCAAUUUUUAACUUUAAACACUUUACUAGUUCGAUGAAUUCUGAUUGCAAUGAAAUUAAUUCAUUGCUAAUCAUUGGUGAUAACAAAUUAUUAUUUGCUGGAGCAGCAGACAAUGCCAUUCGAAUUGUCGACAUCGAGAGACCUGAUCAGGCGAUUGCAGUUUUUUCUGGACAUUCGAAUACUAUCAAUGAAUUGGCAAAACGAACAGAAAAUGAAUUUCUUAGUGCUUCUGAGGAUGGUACCGUUCGUCUUUGGGAUAUUCGAUCUCAAGAUACAGCACAUAUUAUACGCGUUUGUGAUGAACCACAACUUACUAGAAAUAACUGUGGUAAAGGAGUUUGCGCUUUAGACGCAAAUAGUUCAUUUAUGAUUUGUGGUGGAGAUGUCGACCUUGCCAUAUGGCAUCUGAGCUCUUUAUCCUUUGCUUCAAAACUGGAAGGUAAUUGGCCUUCUUUAAUGCGACAUUUAACUGUUAAAAUGGAUGGUGAAAGGAUCCUUGCUGGAGGAAUAUCAUGUUACUUGAAUCAGUUCGAUUAUUCCGGAAAAUUUAAAACUUCGAUCAAAACAUCAGCGGAAGCGAUAUAUUCCAUUGAAUCAAAUGAGAUAGAAAAGAAUGCAGUAACUUCUUCUGCUGGAGAUUCUCCUCUUAUAGAUAUAUUUCUGAAUUCUGGUUAUAUUUCCUUUAGUUUUAAUUGUUCAGUUGUGAAUAAAAUUCAAUAA